UCAUUGCGUGGCUACGGUCACGGGCUUCCUCCGUUGUGUCCAGCCCCUCUGUGUAAUUCAAUCAGGAGGCUGUAAUUACAAGGUAAACGCCUCAUCCCGCUUGCCCGACAUCAGUCCACGCUGUGUGCCAAGUUUGCUGUGCACGAGUUCGGUGUUGCUGCAUCCGAUCGGUUUAGGAAAUAUGUCCGUGUAUUCAGGAGGCGUCGAGAAGAGCGAGAAGACGAGAGAGGCCAAAGACAAAAUAGACAAUGAAGAGCAAGAAGCGCAGCAGUACAGACGCUUAUUGUCAAUUGUUCUGAGUCGACUGGAUCGUAUGGCUGCUCAGGUGAACGAAGAGACGAGCAUUGUUAGCAGAUCAAGCAAGUCAUCAAGUGAUAGUGAAGAGACUGACAAUCCUGGUGAGCAAGGUCCAGUGAAAUCAGUGCGGUUUCGAGUGAAUGGUGCAGUGACUGAGCCAGAAAAAACAGCCAAACAAGUGAUCGAUUGUGAUUGGAAGGUUUUGCUUGAUGCCGCCUUCUUUGGAAACAAAGGAGAUUCUAUGAAGAGGUAUCAAUCAGCUGUACAACGUAUUACUCAAUUACAGGAAGAUUAUGAAGCAGCUGUGAGUGAACGAGAUGCAAUGUUGAAGAACACUCGUCUCACGAGUCAGAAAGUUCGAGCUUUGGAGUCAGACAAUGUCACACUAAGAGAUGUUCUGUUUAAGACCCACGAGGAAAAGGAAGAGUAUGUUGUCGAGCUAAGCAUGGAAAGAAAUGCUGCUGAAGAGAGUGUGAGUAAGUUGACGGCAGAUCUUGAGAGUACACAAAAAGAAUUAAAGAGGUUGACUGAAGAGAAGAAAAUGGCAGUUGACCAAGAGAUCGAAGCUCAAGACAAGCUCAGACGGAUGCGUGGCCAAAUAGAUAAGAUGGACGAACAGUUGAAUAAUGCUUUGACUGAGCGAGAUAGAGUUCUUGAUGAAAAUGUUGUUACGUUGUCAAAAUGUGGUGAACUUAGCCAGACAGCCGCUAUAUCAAAGAAGGAACGAGAUCAGUUGGCUGAUGAGAAACGCAUACUUGAAGUCAGGCUCAAGUCAUUCCAAGAAGAAUUUGAUCAGAUGGUGAAGAGCAGAGAUGGCGUUGAGAGAAUCAGAUUAGAGAAAGAGGAGCUAGAUGCAAAGCUAGAAAAUUUACAGAGUGAAUACAACAUGCUUAAAGAUCAGUACGAAUGGUCCCUAAAUGAGUGCAGCAAAGCGAUGUCCAAGUCUGAGGCUCUAAGAAAGGAUGUCAGAUCUUUAGCACUUUCGAGAGACAAUCUUUUGGCUGAACGAGAUGAAGCGCGAGAAGAACUAUAUAAAUCUAAGGCCCAGGAAAUUGUACUUCGGAAUGAACUACAGACCCUCAAAGCAGAGCUCGAAAAUGCCAAUGGCAAGUUGAGUUUACUUCGAUCAGUCAUGGAGUCACCCAAGUUAAAAGGCAGUAGCGAGUCUCUUCUUGGUGAAGCAUCACCUGAAAAGCAAGCAAUGGUGGGUUCUAAUAUUCAGUUGCAUCAGUGUGAUUCAGACUACCUGACAGCAGAUUCUGUAUCUGCACCGAGUGCUUCAAGUGACAAAGACUUAUUUCGAUCAGAGAUCGACAGUCAUGGUUCCAGGUCUGUCUCUCCAAGUGACUGUCGUCCAAAAAGAUCUGAUGGUACAAUGGUGUGAAGUGCUUCUUUUGACUGGAAGAGAAUAAUAGUGGCAGUGGAAGAUCUACAAUAUCUCUAAAUGUAUCUGAAUUAAUAUGUACAUAUCUGAUAGACAUUUUGACUGCAGUCCAGCUUGAUACUAGAUGUUUUAGUCAUUACACGUUUUUAUAGUUGAUAGUGAUGUUUAUGUUUUAGUUUAUUUUGGAAAUAGUGUUAGAAUGGUUCUGAGUCAGUGAUGACUUCAAAUUUAGUUUUGUAGAUAUUAUUACAUAAUUUCAAUCUGGAUCUUCAA